AUGCUCAGCUGCGCGACUGCCAAUGUCUACAGGGAAUGCUGCGCAACCUACGUGGUGAAGCCGAACAAGGAUGUACUUGAGCAGAUAGAUAGACCCGAUUUUUUCACAAUUAAGCAGAUUGAUGUGUCCAGGACGUUCUUGGGCGAGCUGGGGGUUAGAGCCUUGUUGGACUUCGUUGGUACUCACGCGGGAAUCCAGAGACUCAUCUUGGUGAAGAACGAUGUUGAUGCUGCUUGUGUUGAACAGCUGUGCCAUGUCCUGCGCAACAGUCCCUCUCUUUACUACGUCGAUCUAUCAGAGAACCCAAUGUCCACGCCAUCGGCGCGUCUACUUUGGGAAACUGCAAGGACUGUGCCAACUGUGAGGGAGAUUAAGGUGGAAAAGUGUGGUGUAAGCGAGGAGUGGCUGCACCGUCUCGAACGCUGUUGCAAAGCCAAUGAUGAACUUCAAAGGCUUGGAUUCCACUAUUACGGGCCGGAACGACGUUUGUGGGCGUGGGAGACAGUGUUUGUCCUCGUGCUCGGGCCACCUCACAUUGCGGAGAAGUAUUGCGCAGACAUCUUGCCAUCUGUUGGUAGCUUUGCCUCCAGGCUCCGGCUUCGUAUUGCUCCGCUUACCAUUAGUGAAGAGGACCCACCAGAUGUUGUUCUAAACAAAGUCCAACGGUGCAGGGAGUCGCGCAACUACUCGUUGAGUUGGUGUGUCGCCCUUAUUGAGAGUCAGGGGCGGUGGCGCAACUCUGACCUCGCCGCCCUGACAACUGUGUUGCGUCAAGAGGUGCCUGUGGUACCACCAUUGCGGAAUAAACUUGGCGCCCUACGUGAUCCGAUGUACAAAUGCGCCAAGCACGUUUUCCUAUACGACGUGACGCGCCUCCAGAAGACGGAGCUGCAAGAGGGGGGCGUAUUGACAAUUCCGCCAACCAUGUGGAUUCCGUCUAUAGGCCUUGAUGUGGUGGAUGGCGUUCGCCUUCCACCCGCUUUGGCACUGACGAGCGAAAGCAGUUGGCGCGUGUGCUGUCAGAGUGAACUUUACACAUCCCUUCACACUAUCUUCUCAGAGCGUCCACGCCCGAUCGAAAUAGUCUCAAAGGAGGAGCAGAAUGAUGAACAGUUGGAGGAGAUGAUUGAGCGGGACAAGGAUCUGGGUUCUCUGCAUCCAAGGUGUAAGAACGUUGUGGAGUAUGUCGAGUCAGCCGCCGGACUGGCGUCUGCCCCUCUUAUUCUCUACGGUGCUGGCAUGCUCGGCAAGUCUAAGAUCCUUUCAUGGGCUGCAUCAACGUACUCUGCAGCGGAGUCUCUCCGGGUUGUUCUGUAUCGUGCAAGCCGCGAAAAUCCGAGCAUUGUUGCAUUCUUGUAUCGCCUAUUACGUGUUUUCUCAAAAUCACCAAGACGCUCGUACCGAAGUGUGAGGGAGCUGGCUGUUGCUGUUCGUGAAGCCAUAUGUAGCUAUGAAGGGGUGAUGGUGCUNUUACUUGUUUCUAGCAUCGACUGCCUGGACAGCUGUGGCAGCAGAGAGUCCCUGGCACUGGAAUGGCUUCCCUCAAGCUUGCCACCAACUGUGCGACUAAUUGUAACGUUACGCACUGAGAGCCCUCUUCUUGCUGUGUUUCGAAAACGCCUGCCUCAACCGUACGAGGUACUCAUAACGCCAUUUCCGAAACACGUGAGAGCAGAGCUUUUCUUGAAAGAGCUUCAGCGUCGGAGCAUUGGCGUGGACACCACGGACGGCAGCAGCAGCGACGGCCGCUCAUUAGAACCCACAAAGGCAUUGGAAGGUGCUUUUCUACAGAAGGGCGGUUCUGAUAAUACAUCCUUCGCCGCAUACACCGCUUCAUUUCUUCAGCGCCUGCCGGAAGAUUUGGCUGAACAGGACAUCGCGUUUCUUGUCACCAAGGAGGUACCUGACACCGACCAUGAGAUUCUUAUUUCGUUACUAAAGCGGUACGAAGCAUUAAGCAGCCCGUCUACGGUGCAGUAUGCCAUGUUAAGCCUCACGGCAGCACCGUUGCCCAUCUCUGAACUGGUGUACAUUUGCGAAGAACUCGGGCCUUGCACACGGCACAAGACGCUGCCUGUUCUCCUCUUGAUGUCGGAUGAUGGACUCGUGACGGUGACGGCUGACUCCACAAUUCACUUGUCAGGCAUGGAUGUACGCCAGGCAGUCGCCUCACUCUACGGGGAUAUGCAAGACACUGUCAGUGUGCUUGUGGAAACACACCUCUAUCGUCUUGUCAUGACACAGAGCCCGGAUAUGUCCUUUUGUUUCAGGCAAUUGGGCCCCCUCAUGAUGGCGAAUGGUAGCUUUGACGCUGCGAAUAGCCUCGUCUUGGACACAACUAUCAUGGACGCACUUUUACGCCGUGAAGGAGAGAAUUGUACCUACGUCAUCGACUUUAUUUUCCACCUUAUAAAUGCCCGCGAACUCUUGAUAGAGCUGGGUGAUAGUGAAGUUGAUUCGCUAGGACAAAGCAUUCGCCAUCUCAGCGGUGCGGCUUUGCGAAAUGCACUGAAAUGCAUUCAAUCGUACGACGGAUUUUUCUUUCAGUCGGCGUUGUUGUCCUCCGACACAUCACCAUACCACAUGCGGGCCAUUGAGGCUACAGAAGUCCCAUACACUGUACUUGUUCCACUGAAUCGCGGUGCCGAAGAUGUCGCGGCCCACUCGCUGGAGUUUAAGCUGGCCCCGGUGCAUUGCCAUGUGCGGGGUGAGUAUCUAGCGGUGACGACAGCACAGGAAGUGGCGGUGUACUCUACGUCGGAUUUUCAAAAGGCAGUGGCUCGAUCAUAUAUGCCCUUUGAGCUGAAUCAGAACCUUCGUGGGGCGCUUAUUGCUGCUGGGACCCGUGUCGUGGUGAUCGGCGACGGGCAAUUGUUGCUGUGGGACUUUGCGGGCCACUCUUUCACACUACUUGAGGAUACAGCCUCGUCUUUAUCCGAAAACGCACUGGACCCUUUUGGACUCAAUCUCGUUGUGCGUCACCCAUCGCGUGAACACAUGUCUAUCAUUGACGUAUCAAAGAAAAAAGUGGCUUCAGAGCUUCCAUCUGUUGGGACACCUGUUCGCGAGGCUCUCUUCUGUGGCAACAACAUUCUUGCCCUAGCCCUAUACGAUUUGUUCUUGAUUCGAGAUGAUGAAAUAGUUAAACUUUCGCACUCUGCUGUAGUUCGAGGCGUUGGAUUUUCUAGCGACGGUCGCCUUAUUGCCAGUUGCGUGAAUGAUGAUCUUUGGAUUUGGUCUGGCGCCGGUGAUUUGAUUCACAUCAUAGACGCCGGGUUGACACCACUUGAAGACCUUCAUUUUAACAUGAGUGGCACUUUACUGCUUUCGUGGCAGAGUGAGGGGAUUAAGUUGUGGCAGUCGCUUACUGGUAAGUGCAUUGCAACACUGGAGUCGUGCUUUGACGAAGAGGUUUCUUUUGCGUGCUUUUCCGAGGAUGAUUCGUAUAUUGUUGGACGGUGUGGCCCACAGAUUUGUGUUUGGAACUCACACAGCUGUCAGCCGAUAGGGGCUUUUGUGUGCAGCUCAGGGUACUUUACAUUCGUACAACAGCGUAAUGAAAUGGUCAUUGCUGCGACCUCCAAAAAUGAGCUGAAGGUGUGGAAUUUCGGUGACAACCCUAUUCCGUCCAUUCAGACGGCAAAAGAGAAGAUGAUUACUACUAUGUGGCGUAAAAGCGCCAAAUUGUCGCGUAAUCCUAUCGUCUGGCUGGAUGUUAAUUCAACUGGGACAAUUCUCGCCGCUGCUGAUAAGGAUGGGAACCUGAUUCUUCAGCCAAUGAGUGGCGCUGCACGGCUAGACUGCAACAUCACAAAUGCUGAGAGUAUGGCAUUCCUGGGUGAUGUAAUUGUUUUCACUGUGAAGGGAAAAGGUAGCUGUUUUUUCUACAGAAGUUUAAACCAGAACGCCACCAUUGCUGAGGUGCCGUUGCCAAGGGAUGCCACAAUAACCGCAGUGCUGGAACUCGUGACGGCGAGGGAUGGAGGGUCCAUCGCGGUGAUAUCAAAUGCUGAGGGACAGUCCGUGAUUUACGUCUACAACGUUGAUGAUUGGUCUCUGACGAAUCAAUUUAUCGGACAUUCCGGACGCAUUGCUUGGGCAUUUUUUGCCGGUGAUUUCCUCUUAAGUUCGUCGGACGAUCGCACGCUUCGUCUUUGGAGCCUUGUAAAGCAUGCGGAGAGGACCUCGUAUUUACACGACUGUCAUAUAGCGGCAGUGACAACAGGACCCUCGAAGACACUGUUUUUCAUCGAUAAUCAGUUACGGUUGUUUCAUGUACAUGUGGAGAAUAUCAAUUCUUCAACACACGCACACUUUGUGGUGGAGGAGGUGGAACUGACACCGGUUAUUCCAGCCACCGUCAAGGUGAGGCAAGCAACACUCGUUUCGGAUUUGCUCGUUAUGUCAACUGAGGAUGGUUCAGUCUACUUGGUAGAUCUUCGCCAAGGUGGGUCGGUUAGCAGGUUGCCAGACUACAAGUGCCUCUAUGCUGCCUCAACAUGCGACGCGUCCGGGACGUAUGUCAUGACUGCCCAUACUACUGGUGAAGUUGUCUUGCACCAAGUUCGCUUUGCUGAGUAA